AAAAAACUAGAAUGGUUUUUUGUGACAUAACCUUGACUAUGAACGUAAAAUGCAAUUAGUUUUCAAUAUAAUUUAGUUCUAUAAUGAUUAAUACAGCGUGACAAUGUAUCCCAAUCGAUAAAACAAAGGUAUCCCACGAUGUUGUCGAGAGUAGCGUUAAAAAACUUCACGAAUACCGCGGCGUUAUUGAAGAAAACCGAGGUUAGUUUCUGCAAUUUAAUUCUAAUCAAACAGAACACAACCACCUAUACGAAUUAUGUCGAAGAAACGACGCAAAAACCCACCGUACUCACGAAACUAAUCCACAACUCUCCGAAGAAGAUCCAACCGUAUCUAAAACUGGUGCGGUUCGACAAACCCGUCGGUAGCCUGUUGCUGUUCUGGCCUUGUACCUGGGGCAUAACGUCGGCAGCCAGUCCCGGAUGUUUCCCGGAUCCGUAUAUGCUCGCAUUAUUCGCCACAGGGGCGCUAGUCAUGCGCGGAGCCGGUUGUACCAUAAACGAUAUGUGGGAUCGAGAUAUCGACCGGAAAGUCGUCCGAACCAAAGACAGACCGCUCGCCAACGGCGAAAUCACCAUGAAACGAGCCUUGGUAUUCCUGGGCGGUCAAUUGAGCGUCGCUUUAUUGAUAUUAUUGCAAUUAAAUUGGUACAGCGUCGCUCUAGGGGCCAGUUCGAUGGCUUUAGUUUGCACUUACCCCCUAAUGAAGCGAGUAACUUAUUGGCCGCAGUUAGUGUUGGGUUUUACGUUCAAUUGGGGAGCUCUGCUCGGUUACAGUGCCAUCCAGGGUAGCUUAAAUCUACCUGUAUGCUUGCCCCUUUAUUGCGCCGGCGUUUGUUGGACCAUUAUCUACGAUACUAUUUACGCGCAUCAGGAUAAAAACGACGAUCUACGUAUAGGCAUCAAAUCGACUGCCAUACGAUUUAACGAAAAUACGAAAUUGUGGUUGAGUGGUUUCGGUACCACAAUGAUCGGUAGCCUCUGUUUGGCGGGUAUUAUGAACGAGCAAACUUGGCCUUAUUACGCUUCAGUAUGCUUAGUAGCCACUCAUCUAGCUAAUCAAAUUGUAUCAUUAAAAAUUAACGAUGCUAAGGAUUGUUCUAAAAAGUUCAUUUCUAAUUCGACGAUUGGAUUUAUUUUAUUCGGUGGUACAGCGUUAGGGAUGUAUUUAAAGAAAGACGAAAGUGAUGAAAACGAAGCAAAGAGUUGAUGUAUUCUAUUUAGUUGUAUUCGCUAGUUAAUUACUGAUGUGUGUUUGCAACAAAGAGUGGUAUAGUACAAUACUUUUUACUUGUAAGUUGUUGAAAUAUAAGUUGAUUACC